GCCGGAAGCAGGGCUGUGGGUCUCGCGCUGGGCUCAGUUCGUGCGGUCACUGGACGCGGCGGAGAUCAGCCUCAGAGAAAUCCACAAAGAUGGCGUCCGCUAACUCCACGUACGGCCAGAAGGAGGCGUCGGACCAGAACUUUGACUACAUGUUUAAGAUCCUGAUCAUCGGGAACAGCAGCGUGGGGAAGACGUCGUUCCUGUUUCGAUACGCGGACGAUUCCUUCACUCCGGCGUUCGUGUCCACUGUGGGAAUCGACUUCAAGGUCAAGACCAUCUACCGCAACGACAAGAGGAUCAAACUGCAGAUCUGGGACACCGCUGGACAGGAGCGGUAUCGCACCAUCACCACGGCCUAUUACAGAGGAGCCAUGGGCUUCAUCCUCAUGUACGACAUCACCAACGAGGAGUCCUUCAACGCCGUGCAGGACUGGUCCACUCAGAUAAAGACGUACUCGUGGGAUAACGCGCAGGUGCUGCUGGUGGGAAACAAGUGCGACAUGGAGGACGAGAGGAUGGUGAGCGCAGACCGGGGCCGACAGCUGUCCGAGCAUCUGGGGUUCGAGUUCUUCGAGGCCAGCGCCAAAGACAACAUCAACGUGAAGCAGACGUUUGAGCGCCUGGUGGACAUCAUCUGCGAGAAGAUGUCCGAGAGCCUGGACGCCGGGGACCCAGCGGUGACGGGGGCCAAACAGGGGCCCCAGCUGACGGAGCAGACCCCGCCCCCAAAGCCCGACUGCGCCUGUUAGCUCCGCCCCCCACACACCGCGGACUGUGCGUGAUAGCCCCUCCCCCUUCCCCCCCGUGGUCCCCAAACGUGGCGCGCUGGCUCGGGAUUCGCCUCGCGGUUUUUUCAGACCGGCGUCCCGCGUGUCGGUCGGUUUUCCUCUGGUCCACCUCUUCUGUCUGUUCAUGUGGGUUUAAAGAUGUACCGUGUAACUUUCCCGGCGGAGGGUCUGACACCUGCUUGUCUCCAUGGAGAUGUCGUUGCUUUGGCCGAAAUGUUCCACAGUAUGAAACUAAUGAAACAACUGCGCAUCACGUCAGGUUUGUGAAGUCGUAGUGUGUCGUUUUGUAUCCUGCUUUUGUAUAUUUAUGUAAAAAUGGCUGUGUGGGAGCGAGGCAGGCUGUGGGCGGGGCCUUGUACAGCCUCGUACCGCUUGGACAGAUCGCUAAAUUAUUCAAACGUGCGUGGAUGACAUUUAAAACCUCCUGCGACAUGUUUUUGACGAGGGAACGACGUUAUAACGCGGUAGAAAGCUCCACAAAGUCCAUUUAGCGUAAUACCUCCUCUUUAAACUCAUCGACUGGAGACGAGCACCAGACCAAGCUACAGGUCAGAUCUGUGGAGAUGCGAGUUGUGGAAAAAAUACCUGCAGUUAAAUAAGUGCAAAAUAGAUGAGUUUAAUGCCGUACUGAGGAAUGUUAAAGGCAAAGCAGUAACAUCUCCAUGGAGACAAGCAGCAGGUGGUGGAUCCUUAAGCAGAAAAGUCACGUAGUGCAUCUUUAAAGAAGGCCUCAGAGUGCCAUUCAAAUCCUCCCCAUGUUUACACUGGUCCUGUCAGCGAUUUAGGCCACGCCCACACACGCCCUGGUCUAGACCUGGUUUAGACCUGGUUUAGACCUGGUUUAGACCUGGUUUAGACCUGGUUUAGACCUGGUUUAGACCUGGUUUAGUCCUGGUUUAGUCUUGGUUUACUCCUGGCUUAGUCCUGGUCUAGUCCUGGUUCAGUCCUGGUCUAGUCCUGGUCUAAGUCUGGGUCUAGUUCAGUCUCACUUUCUCGGCGUGUGGGGUAAACGGCGUCGUCGUGGUGACGUCCCCUUUAAACUCUGCUCUAAAAAUUUAAAUUAUUAAAUUAUUAACAAAGUUUUAACGAAUAUUUUCAUUUUAUUUAUGUUUUUUCAACAUUCAAAAAAACAUUUGUACGUCCUCAGUUAAAGGCGUUUUAGUUACCUGUGAUGAGUUUGUAACCAUGGCGACCGUCAUAGAGUUUCGCUAACAACAACUAGCAUGCUAACAGCGUACCCGCAUCACUUCCUGGUUCGUGGAUGAUAAAAAUGCUUCAUAAUGAGACACAGACACAGGACUCAUUUUGACCCUGAGAGUUUCUUUUACGCUGAAUCUGGACAUGAAAAAUUGCGUACUGUCCCUUUAAACACACAGCGCACUUCCUCGUUUUUCAUGUGAAUCUUUCCGUCCUUACUUCUCAUCAUAGCGCAGGGUUUGACGGGGACCGGGCGUUCUACGAGAGCCUUUAACUGCGGGGUUGUCAAGUGUGAUGUCACUUCCUGGUCCGUCAGCUGACUGCAGUCGUUUAAAGCUAACGAGCUAGCGUGGAUUUAUAGAUUUAUUUAUUUUUAUGGUUAGGACUGUGGCAGAAAGUGUUGUCAUUAGCAGACGUGGCGCCGCGUUUCAAACUGAGCGCGCCCAGAUACUUUGGCGCUGAAGUUGCUACGGUAACCACUUCGGACAAACCAAAUUUUUGAGAUUCGUUCGAUCAAAUUUACUCUAAACUCUUUUUCACUGAUAAACACUCGCUCAUAGUCGGCGAGGAUUCUGUAUUUAAACUGUUGAUAAAGGUCAGAAAACGGAGCAGAGCGGAGUUAAACGGCUAAACUGUGACGAUUCUGCUCAAACACGAUCGUUUUUGUUGCCGUUUCUAAGAAUACACUCCAUGAAACUGUCGAAACUUUUACAUGAAUAUAUUUAAAACCGAGCCAAACUUGUGACGACAGCGACAGAACUCGUAAUAAACACGUUAAAAAAAUGUAAGAGCGAGGCCGAGGUAAGACGCUAGGCUAAGCUAAACUAGCAUUAGCCAGUUAGCAAGAUAUACACACAUAAUAAAAACAUUAAAAAGAUGUAAAAAGGAGGCUGAGGUAAGACGCUAGGCUAAGCUAAACUAGUAUUAGCAGUUAGCAAGAUAUACAUAUAAAAACAUUAAAAAGAUGUAAAAAGGAGGCUGAGGUAAGACGCUAGGCUAAGCUAAACUAGCAUUAGCAGUUACCAAGAUAUACAUAUAAUAAAAACAUUUAAAAAAGAUGUAAAAGGGAGGUUGAGGUAAGACGCUAGGCUAAGCUAAACUAGCAUUAGCCAGUUAGCAAGAUAUACACGCAUAAUAAAAACAUUAAAAAGAUGUAAAAAGGAGGCUGAGGUAAGACGCUAGGCUAAGCUAAACUAGCGUUAGCCAGUUAGCAAGAUAUACACACAUAAUAAAAACAUUAAAAAGAUGUAAAAUGAAGGCUGAGGUAAGACGCUAGGCUAAGCUAAACUAGCAUUAGCCAGUUAGCAAGAUAUACAUAUAAUAAAAACAUUAAAAAGAUGUAAAAAAGAGGCUGAGGUAAGACGCUAGGCUAAGCUAAACUAGUAUUAGCCAGUUAGCGAGACACACACACUGUAAAUCCUGUUAUUCCAGAUUAUUACGACAUUAUUUACACAUUUGUUGCAGUUUGUGGUUAAACGUACGACUUUUGAAACGAACAAAAAAUGAAGCCAGAAAAAAAAUCAGCCGUGACCCGGAAGUGACAUCACCAGGUCACAGCUCCGCGGAGGCGUUAGACUCGGCUGACGGUCCAAACACGGUCAUUUUUGUUCAGGUAUUCAUAAAAAUAUUAACAUCCAAAUGUGUGUUUUUACAUUGUUUUUUUUUUUUUUACCUGUUUUAUUCUCUAUAAAAACACAGGGAGGAUGAUAAAAUAGACGUAGUAAAUCGUAGUAGAAAAAAAAAAAAUGCUAGGAGACAUUUAUUUAAUAAUUUAUUUCUACUGUGCAUAUGUAUAAAUGUUGUGAAAUAUAUAAACUGGCGUACGCAUUCUGACCUGAAAUGAAGUGAAAUGUGUCGUACGGGUUUGUGUGGGAAUGUUUUCAGUUCUUGCGCCAUUUUUUUGUGCGUGUAAUUUUUGUUUUUUGUCACUUUAAAAUCUUUAGUUUUUAAAUUGCAACUUAAAUUCGAAACGAUCCUCCGUUCGCCGCGAUUGUCCGGACGCCAUUUUGCUGCAUGAGUAAAACAGAAUCGCAUUGUUUUAGUUCAAUUUAAGGCGCUGUACCUGCUUUUUUCUGUCUUAAAAAACGUGAAAAAACAACAAAACUAGCGCGUUUCAAGCUGUUCGCAUUUACCGCAUGCAUUUGUAGCGUCGUAAUUAUCCACCUUGAUGAGUUUAUAAGCGCUUUUUUACAACUUUCAGAGCCGAGUUUUGCCGCGACGGUAACGCUAACAACAGCUAGCAUGCUAACGUUUGCUUCCCGGUCGAUGAAAAACGUUCUAAUUUCGACGCAGUGGACUUGUUUCGACCUCGCGAGCUGCUUUUACGAUAAUCUGUCCUGCGGAGAGACUCAUUUCGCUCCAAAAAAACUACGAAAAAAUCAGGUACAGAGUCUUUAAAAAGUGUAGAAUUAUCGCGGCGUUUGUCAUAAAUGGUCACGUGUUCAUUUUCCGCAGCGUGAAGACCGUCUGAAACCUUUGACCCGUUGUAUUUGUUUGUGUUUUUGGAAAUGAAAUGCUACCAGAAUAUUUUGAACCUGUUUGUGAAUAAUGAAUAACUUCUACAGGACGUGGAUUCUGCCCGAGAGACGAGGAAAAAGUCGUCAAAACCGCGGCAAAAAAGUUUUGUUUUUAGACUCGGAUCUUCGUUUUUUUAGCUUGAUUCCAGUUUGAUUUUGAAUAAUAUUUUAGAUUCUCUCCCCGUUUAUCUAAACUUUAUCCGACCUGAGGGUUCUUGGGACGGCUCCAAACGUUUUCAUAAUACUGUUGUGUCCUUGGGCAAGACACUCCACACACUUUGCUUCAAAACAACAACGUCGCUGUUUAGAAUAUUCCACAGUACGGCAUUUGUGUUUAUUUCGUACGAGCUUUCCUAUUGCUGAAAAACACGCGUUACUUACUUACUGUGAGCGGGGUCGCCUCUCCACAGAUCUGACCUCUAACAUCGUAACACGACAUAACCCUGACGGUACAAUCGGCUCGUCUCCGUGGACGCCAAGUUGUGUUUAAUGCCAUACUGUGGAAUUUUAUAGGCAAAGCAGUAACAAAGAGUGAACGUUUAGGCUAAAGGAUAAAUUAAAGUGAACCGUUCCUACUCAAAUUUUUAUAUUUUGUCGGGUUUUUUUUUGUUUUUUUUUUUCUCGUCUCCGUGGCAGAAUUCCCGUCCGUAGCCUCGGGACUGUUUUUGAGUGAAUUUAACCCUCUGAAAAGCGUCUUCCUCUCGAUGUCAAACCUGUACAUAUCUUCUCUGACGUGUGGAUCGUGUUGUAUCGACUCAGGCCUGCAGCAAAUACAAAAAUAUACAAAAAGUUACAUAAACAAAACCAAUGCUACACCCGCUCCUUGUGGUACGCCCCUUCAUU